AAACUUUCUUGAAACCGCAAAAAAAGUACCCAUGAAUAUGUCAUCAUUUCCAGGAAAAGAGGUGUACAGACUUUCCUAUAAAGAUGGAUGGCUGAUGAAGACAUUGUGUGAAAGUCUGAAAGAUUGGACGUCAAAUCCUGACCAGGACUUAUUACAGCCUGAGACUGUAACAGACACACAGACCACACCGGAGGCUGAAACAGACACACAAACCACACCCGAGGCUGUAACAGACACACAGACCACACCCGAGGCUGUAACAGACACACAGACCACACCUGAGACUGUAAUAUGUCAGAGACCUCUAGAAACUGAAAACAUAGAUGAUUCACAGUACAAAAUAGAGUCCGAGAUUGACAAGCGUCUUGCUCUUUACAUUGGUAUUAGACAUUUUGAUCGAAGAGGUGAUGAUGGGAUGAUCGAUGGAACAGGGACGUACGAUGAUGCACUGAAUAGGGAAAAGGAAGAAAGAAUGGAUAGAAUAGAGUUAAAGAGAGCUUUGGAACAUUUAAGCUUUACAUUCAAAAGCAACAACCUUGAAAAGGAAACAACAGAAAAAGAAGUUGAUGCACUCAUAGAUACAGUAUUGACAGAUGCAGUAAACAAAAAGGUUGGAAUCAUUGUUGUCAUGAUAAGCUCACACGGAGAGGAAGUCUUCGAGCAGAGUGAAAACAACGAAAAUAAAAAUAUACCUCGACAUCGCAUUCUGUUGGAAGACAAAUGUUUGUACAUAGACGACCUUCUGAAAAAGUUUGAAACGAAGAAGCAAUUAAAAGGCAUCCCUAAGUUAUUUUUUUUUCAAGCUCGUCGGUCUCGAGUAACUGCUGACAGGACAGUCAGGGAAGACAGGGUAGAUAAAGGAGUGGAACUUUUGGUAGCAGCAUCUGGAACAGAGAAUGGUGAGAUAACAAAGCUGAUCAAAACUCUUAAAACAGAUAGGAGUUUACCUGACGCCAGGCCGAGGAAUUUGAAUAAACUGCAAAAACCGGCCGUUCAAAGUGGACCUCCAGUAAAACCAGAAGACACCAAGCCGCACAUGGAUGAAUCUGAAGUGAGAAACAAGAAAACAGACCAAAUACAAACCAGACCUAAUGUGGAGCAGACAAUACAUGAGGCUGACGCCGGAUCAAGAAAACCUCCUGAUGAGACAACUGUUGAGCCUAUUCCAGAAGAAGAAAUCCCGUCUAUAUCUUGUAUUGAAGACAGUUUAGUCAUGUUCGCAUCAGCUCCAGGAAAAGAGGCGUACAGACUUUCCUAUAAAGGUGGAUGGCUGAUGAAGACAUUGUGUGAAAGUCUGAAAGAUUGGAGGUCAAAUCCUGACCAGGACUUAUUACAGGUGCUGACCGGAGUCAUUGGUAAAUUGGCGAUUGAAAAGGAGACGGAUGAAGGCUACAAGUCGGCAGCAUGUUUUACCCACAUGUUAACAAAGGACAUCUAUCUCUGUCCGGGGAAAUAAGUGAGACAUUAUGUGUGUAAUUUAAUAUGUUGAUAAGUACAGAUAUACAUUUUAUAGGAUGUGUAGAAACGUUAUUGAGUACAUAUGUAUAUAGAGGG